AUGACGGCCGGCGGCCAGGCCGAGGGCGCGGGCGCGGACCCCGCUUCCGCGCGGCUGCCUUCCCGGGUGGCCAAGCUACUGUCGGCCCUCUUCUACGGGACCUGCUCCUUCCUCCUUGUUCUGGUCAACAAGGCGCUGCUGACCACCUACGGCUUCCCAUCACCAAUUGUUCUUGGAGUUGGACAGAUGGCAGUUACCAUAAUGAUACUAUACGUGUCCAAGCUAAAUAAAAUAAUUCACUUUCCUGAUUUUGACAAGAAAAUUCCUACAAAGCUCUUUCCUCUGCCUCUCCUCUACGUUGGAAACCACAUAAGUGGAUUAUCAAGCACAAGUAAAUUAAGCUUGCCGAUGUUCACUGUGCUCAGGAAAUUUACCAUUCCUCUUACUUUACUGCUGGAAACCAUCAUACUCGGGAAACAAUAUUCCUUGAACAUCAUUGUCAGUGUCUUUGCCAUCAUUCUUGGUGCUUUCAUAGCAGCUGGUUCUGACCUUGCUUUUAACUUGGAAGGCUAUAUUUUUGUAUUCCUGAAUGAUAUCUUCACAGCAGCGAAUGGCGUUUAUACCAAACAGAAAAUGGACCCAAAGGAGUUAGGGAAAUAUGGAGUGCUUUUCUACAAUGCCUGCUUCAUGAUUAUCCCAACUCUUAUCAUUAGUGUCUCCACUGGAGACCUUCGACAGGCUACUGAGUUCAAUCAAUGGAAGAAUGUUCUGUUUAUCAUACAGUUUCUUCUUUCCUGUUUUUUGGGGUUUCUGUUGAUGUACUCCACGGUUCUGUGUAGCUAUUACAAUUCAGCCCUGACGACGGCGGUGGUUGGAGCCAUCAAGAAUGUAUCUGUGGCCUACAUUGGAAUGUUAGUAGGUGGAGACUACAUUUUCUCUGUGUUAAACUUUAUAGGGUUAAAUAUUUGCAUGGCAGGAGGCUUGAGAUAUUCCUUUUUAACUCUAGGCAGCCAAUUAAAACCUAAACAACCUGUGGAUGAAGAAAACAUCUCUCAAGAUUUGAAGGUCUAG